AUGGUCUCUGGGCGAGUACUGGUCAUCGCCGGCUCGGAUAGCUCCGGUGGAGCCGGGCUAGAGGCAGACCAGAAGGUCAUCGCGGCUCAUGGGUGCUAUGCCAUGACGGCCACGACCGCUCUCACUGCGCAAGACACCACGGGAGUGCACGACAUUCAUCAUGUGCCGCAGGACUUCCUGGUCAAGCAAAUUGAUGCCUGCGUAAACGACAUCGGCGUCGACGUCGCCAAGACUGGCAAGUUGCGCCUUUCCACCCUUUGA